UUUGGCAAGAGGCUUCGUUUGGAGAUGAAUAUUUUUGCCAUGAAAAGAACGCAUGUAUAGAACAGGCGAGGGAGACAUUCAUCGAUUCAAGCGACUGUAUAUGUGUAUUGAAUUUUAUGUACCUGCUGAGUACAGGUCCACGCGAACGUUACAGAGGGGAGAAUAACUGCAGAGGACAAGUCGGCUUUGUAGGAGCUGCCAUGUUGUCGUGAUUUCAGGGAGAACGGAACAAAAUGGCAGACGUGAUCGCAGAACGGAAAGUCGUUUACGCGGGGUUGUGGCGACAACACAGCAAGAGUGACUACGACACUCUUCUAAAACAGAUCAGCUCACAGCUCGACCAGAAAGGCGGCCUCGUGUCAAUGUUCCAGCUGUGCCGGGACGGGGUCAGCAUCAACGUGCUCAACCAAGAUGGCUCUGUUAAAAGAAAGGAAAAAAUCCCUGGUCAGAACAUACAGGAUAUCACGGUAAAUCGCUACAACCCGAUCUGUUUACUGACAGUGUUCGUCGACGUCAACCGAAGGCUCAACUACUUGGUGUGUAGGUGUGACGGGACGUCGGACGCCACCUAUCUCGUGCAGACGUAUCGCGAGCGUAAGAGCGUCACCAGUGGGGAAGGGUACAAGAUAGACCUGAAGGAGCCGCAUGGUUUAAACUGGACUCUGAAGAGGAAGAAUAAGAACCACCCAGUGCUUAACGGUGACGCGGCCAGUUCAUCCACAUCGUCCGACAAGGGAGAUAUCACUGAUACAAAUGGAAAUAGUGCUCUGAUCAUGGCCACAAGCAACGGGUUCGCCACUGAUGACAGGGAUGUGUUUUCAAAUGGAAACCAUCAUGUAGAAAUUGUCGUAUCGCCAGAGGAGCUGGUACGCGAACCAUGCGUGGUCGACGGAAACGAAUGCUUCAGUGUUGCUGUCCAAACAGAGUUUGAAUACGAAGAUAAGCAAUCUUUGACUUCCACAACCUCCUUCCGCUCUCUCAAGGACGAACUUUUAAAUCUGUCACAAGAGGUCAAAGAAAUCAAACUCAUCCUCCAGAAAACCACGGGAAUCGGUUCGACGGAAUAUUUCCAUCGAGAGAAAAAUAUGAUUGACAAUCAUACAGGUUCACGGUUUAUGCCGGCGUCUGUCGAUUCAAACGAUGGCCCCCACUCGCCGUCGUCCAAGAGUUCCUCUGAAGGAGACAGACAUGUCAACUUUGACCAAGUGACAUCAGUGAUCUUUCCUGAUCACAAUAUCCGAAGCCUCGGGGUUCAGACAGAAAAAGGUAAAGGCCAGCGAUACGUGAAGCGUCAGGUGCAGCCGACGACGAGUCACCCGAGAAACCACGCGAUUAGAACUCGUUCGAGAAGUUCGUCUGCCGGUUCCAUUCCCAUGUCACCCACCAGCGUGUCGCCGCCUGCCAGUCACGAGCUGUACGUCAGACAGGUCGUCAGACAAGAUGACCGCUCGCCUGGCCUCAACAGGUCUACCAUACCGAUGCCCAUGGAACAUAUGUAUAAUGCGUACACACAGGAAUUCAAACACCCGAGGAGAAAAAUUAUUGUUAUGCCGGGUUCUUCCAAAACAUUGCCGCCAAUGAGACAUUCUGAAAAAGGUCAUAUGCGGACAAUCUAUUUCGACAAAAAUGGGGAAAAGAAAUAAACUAAUUUGUUAUUAUCAAUGUACAUAAUAUAUUCACAACUCUUUCAACGGGAUAUCUAUUUCCAGUAAUUCAGCUAUGCCAAAUCAAAGGAUGCAUAGUCAUUACGGAUACUGAUAAUGGUGCGUUGUAAAAUAUGUAGAAGGCAGUCCAUCAAGUGAGCGCAUUAAAUAGUGUUUUAUUUGAACUGUGAAGUGAUAACGAGGCGAGAAAGCCACCAAUUCAAAGGCCAAAAGAAGAUUAAAACAGUUUGUUUAAAGGUGACGUGAGGGAACGAUGCAGAAACGAUGUGGAGUGGCGGUGGUGGUGGGAUGGUGGUGGGGAGGGGGGGGGGGACACGCAAUCGUGCUGGUAGUGACAGGUAUGAUAGAAACACAUUUAAAAAGUUAAAUAUAUUGUAAACCAAAAAGUAACUAUUUUAGGCCUCAAGAAGAGGGGCACCUGCCCACCCCCCCCCCCCCCCCCCCCGUCAUGCAGUCGUAAGCAGACUGUGAGAGGCUAAAAUAGUAACAACAUUUUGAUUGCAAACAGGAUUAGUGAUAAACGUUCACGAAAGAAUUAAUUCUUACGGAUUACUUCAAAAUGUACUGAAUUUAAUAACCUGUCAAAACGAACGAAGACGUUUAAACUGGAUUCGUGUAGUAUAUUAUGCAAAGUGAUGUUCACAUAAACACUUUGCUAAGGUGGAACGCCACACGUUUCUCUCAGUCUUUGAUCUAGUGAGUGGAUACCAUAGUGCUUCUGUUUAUAUUUAUUACAUAUCUUCCAUGGAUUUGGAUGCGAAUACUGCUGUAUGUGUACAUGUCACUGUGUCUGUUAGUGACAACAGGAUGCAAUACUGAGUGCUGUAGUGACGUCAGCCAAAGUGUGGAAACCUGUAACACUUUGGUGACCACUUUAAGACUAGGGGUAUUAUUGUUACUACUAAACAACAUGUAGUGUUAUCAUUAUUAGUGCUAAAUGACUGUUGUGUUUGAUGGUUGUGUAGCAGGAGUAUUAUUCCAAGUGCUGAAGACAUUUAAAUGCCAGUGCUAUAUAUAUGUAAUCUACUAGUAAACAGCAGUCAGUGUAAGUUUGUUUAUCAUCCAUUAAAGGCUUUUGUAAGAGAUA